CGUAUUCAUGUGUUUUAUCAUUUGUGUGCUAAUAGUAGAUUCAUACAGGUCGAGAAAACUCCACAAAUAACAAAUUCACUGAAGGAAAAUCAAGUAAAUUGUGCUGACAAAUAUUUUAGUCAUGGCUAUCGAUUCAAUGACUUUAAUUCGUGUAGCUCUGAUUCCCCUCUCCAUCUUAACAUUCAGUCUUAUCAUGGCUUCUUUGUGUGGCAACACCUGGUUGUAUAACUACACAGAAACUACUCGUUUCGUGGACACUGAAACUCGCAUUGGAUUGUGGUUUGUUUGUGCAACAUUGUACGACUAUGGUAUCCCGACAACCACUUGCAUUGCUUCUGAUACUGAUGUGAAAGAUUUCUUCCAAGCUACAAGAGCAUUCCUAAUCAUGGCAACAAUGCCAGCAUUGAUUGCUAUUAUACUCUGUGUCGUGGUGAAUUGCAGCCAGAAAUAUAGAGCAUUUAUUGUUUCUAUCCCGUUCGGAUUGACAGCUUUAUUUCUUUUGAUUGGUUUGUCAUCGUUCACCGGACGUGUCAACGCGAAUGACGAUUCCGAUUUCGAUUACAGUAAAUAUUCCUAUGGUUGGUCACAUAACAUUGGAUGGCUUGCCUUUCCGCUGACGAUUGGUUGUGCCGUCUUGUCCAUUGUUUGCGGUAUUUCGAGAAUGACGGGAAUGACAGGAAUGACGGGAAUGUCGAGUAUGGAUCAUCAAAGUUAGGACUAUGUAAUUUUCAGUAAUUUUGUUUUAUGGGUUUUAGACACUUCUGGCAAAAGUUAUUCAUCGCGGAAAAAAGAGAAAAAAAAAAAAAUAAUUACAAAACAAC